UCCAUCACCAUAUCAUAACUCACUACAAUAAGCUUCAUUGUAACGCCAUCCUAUCAUUUUCAAAUUUUCAUUACCUACAAAGGUAAAAUGCAGCCCACGAUUUGCUAUUCCCAUUACAAUAACAGUACUAUUACACCUCCAAAGUUUUCACAUCCAGUUAAACUCCCGGUGGGGGCGGCAGCGACGGCAACAGCCCAAGUGUCAUUGCCUCUAAUAAGUCGCCAUGUAUCAAGAGCGAUCUCAAUUCCCACCACAACUAGAGCCCCGAUACCUGAUGUGCUAGAUAACCCGGACUUGUUAGAUGACCGAGUGACCGCUUUCCGGGACUACCAAUCUUUGUUCGUGUCGCAACGGUCCGAAGCCGUUGAACCCGUCGCCCUCCGGGUGGUGGAGGGCGCGAUACCAUCCGACUUUCCAUCCGGAACCUAUUAUUUGACCGGGCCAGGCCUAUUCACCGAUGACCAUGGUUCGACCGUGCAUCCGCUAGACGGGCACGGGUACCUUAGGGCGUUCCAAAUAGAUACCGCGACGGGCCAGGUCACAUUCAGGUCGCGGUACAUUCAGACAGAGGCGCAUGAAGAGGAGCGAGAUAUCGAAACGGGCCAGUGGCGAUUCACGCACCGGGGCCCGUUUUCGGUUUUGAGAGGAGGGAAAAUGAUUGGGAAUACUAAGGUGAUGAAGAAUGUGGCCAACACUAGUGUUAUGGAGUGGGGUGGGAGGUUGUUUUGCCUGUGGGAAGGUGGCGAUCCUUACGAGAUUGAUUCUACUAGUCUCCAAACGAUCGGCAAGUUCAAACUCGUCAACAAUAACACUAAUUCUGUUGCCCAUAAAACUCCUAAGCCGCAUAUGGCAAAUUUCUGGGACGUAGCUGCCCAAAUUUUGAGGCCAAUUCUUUAUGGAGUAUUUAAGAUGAGUCCCAAGAGAUUUUUGUCACACUACAAGAUAGAUGGAAUUAGAAACAGACUUGUCAUAAUGUCAUGCAACGCAGAAGAUAUGUUACUCCCGCGGAGCACUUUCACAUUCUACGAAUUUGAUGCCAACUUCAAGUUACUAGACCAACAAGAGUUUAGCAUCCCAGAUCACCUAAUGAUCCAUGAUUGGGCGCUCACUGAUUAUCAUUACGUCUUGUUUGGCAAUCGCAUCAAACUCGAUGUCCCAGGAUCAAUGAGGGCUGUUUGUGGGCUUUCUCCAAUGAUAUCUGCACUAUCCGUGAAUCCAAGCAAACAAACAUCUCCUCUUUAUUUGCUUCCUCGCUUUCCUCAGAGCCAAACAACCCACAGAGACUGGAAAACACCCAUUGAAGUUCCAUUGCAGAUGUGGGUAUUACAUGUCGGAAAUGCCUUUGAGCACAAAGAUGAGAAAACUGGAAAUCUUGAGCUUCAAAUCCAGGCUUCUGCCUGUUCUUAUCGAUGGUUCAAUUUCCAGAAAAUGUUCGGAUAUGAUUGGAAAAAUGGAAUAUUGGACCCCUCGAUGAUGAAUAGGGGAAAGGGCGAAGAUAAACUCUUGCCUCACCUAUACAAGGUGUCCAUAAGUUUGGAUAGAAAUGGUGAUUGCCAAAAUGCAUCGGUGAAUGAUUUGAAUGAAUGGGGUAAAGCGGCAGAUUUCCCAGCCAUUCAUCCGGACUUUUCAGGCAGGAAAAAUUCAUGCGUUUAUGCGGCGACAUCAUCCGGCUCGCGCCGUGCUCUACCGCAUUUCCCUUUUGAUACGGUGGUCAAACUAAACACAGCAAAUAAGACCACCCAAACAUGGUCUUCAGGCAGGAGACGAUUCAUUGGUGAGCCUGUGUUUGUUCCCAAAGGAACCAAAGAUGAAGAUGAUGGCUAUCUUCUUGUUGUGGAAUACGCGGUUUCAAGCCAUAGGUGUUAUCUGGUUGUGUUGGAUGCAAAACACAUUGGGAAAAGUAAGGAAAUAGUGGCAAAAGCUGAAGUUCCAGCCAUAUUCACUUUCCCCAUGGGAUUCCAUGGCUUUUGGUCACCUAGCAACUAACAAGUAAAUUAGCUUAGAGCGAAGUACAUAUUAUUGUAUAAUCGAUUGAACAACAAUAGUUCUUGUAAUCUUGAUAUUGUAUAUCUGAAAAAUAUAAUACAAAAUCAUUUUAUGUUUCUAUGAGAAGUACUUGUAUAUAAU